GAGAAAAUUAGGAAAAAAUUAAUUAUUUUUCUCCAUCUCUCGACUAAAAUUUACUAUUUUACUCAUCCACUUUUUUACUAAGAUUUAUCAUUUUUAAUUUCAUGAGUAAUUCUCAUUCUUCGAAGAAUUCAAGUCCUUUCUAUACUGGAGAUUCUCAACCAUAACCAACAAAAAAGAGCUAUUCUAUCUAGCUUCCUAUAUGAACACCAUGAAAAAUUCAAGUGAUGAAAACACUUCUAUACCAAAAUACUUACAGCAACAUGACAUAAGCCAAGAUUGCAAGGAGUUAUUACUCACAUUGCCAUUAGAAAAAGGUUGGAUUACAACUACCUUACAUCAAUAUCAAGGAUUUUGGUUUUCUCCAAUGAGGCUCCAUGGUACUUUAUCUUGUCAAAAGUUCUUUCAAGCUUUUGAUACUGAUAUUCUCUUAGUCACUAGUCCUAAAUCAGGUACAACUUGGCUCAAAGCAUUGACAUAUGCUUUGAUAAACCGCAACAAAUAUCCAAAUACUCAUAGCAACCAUCCUUUGCUCACUACCACCCCUCAUGAUCUUGUUCCCUAUUGUGACAAAGAUUUUGUUUCAGAUAUCCAAACAUUAUCUCAUCCAAGACUAUUCUCUUCUCAUCUAUCUUACGAAUUAUUGCCAAAAUCUGUGAAAGACUCAACUUGCAAGGUGGUGUAUCUAUGUAGAGAUCCUAAAGACGUUUUUGCUUCAUUAUGGCAUUUCUCAAAUAAGAUAAGAGCAAAAAGUAGUGGAACACUUCUAUUAGAAGAUGCUUUUGAGAGUUUUUGCAAAGGAGUAAGUCCUUUUGGGCCUUUUUGGGAACAUGUAUUAGGAUAUUGGAAGAAAAGUUUAGAAAGUUCUGAGAAGGUUAUGUUUUUGAAAUAUGAAGAAAUUAAAAUGAAACCUGAGUUUUAUUUGAAAGAGAUUGCAAAGUUUUUGGAGUGUCCAUUCUCUAAAGAAGAAGAAUCUAAAGGUAUGGUUGAUGAUAUAUUAAAUUUGUGUAGUUUUGAGAAGUUAAGUAACUUGGAAGUCAAUAAGACUGGAAAAACGUCUUAUGAAAUUGAAAACAAAUCUUUUUUCCGUCUUGGUCAAGUUGGAGAUUGGAAAAAUCUUCUUACAACAAAGAUGAUCGAGCGCAUAAACACAAUCACAGAAAUGAAAUUUGUUAAACAUGGAUUGAGUUUUUAAAAUAUGAGAAAUUCCAAUCAAAAUUUACAUUGUUGUAAGGUGUUUUGUAUUAUUGAUGUAACUUGAUUUUGUUCAUGUGUCGUGUUAUUUUGAUUUGAUUAUAGUUUUUCUUUAUAACUUUGUAAUUGUGUGUUAAUUUGGGAGACUUCGCACAAGAGAUCUUGUGCUACUUUGCUCCCCAUCAAUAAAUUUUUUCUAAUGAUGUUUUAUGUUA